CCCCCCCCCCCCGUCUUCCAAACCCCUCCCUCAUGUUUGUGUUCCUUGUCUAGCCAAUAUGCAGGAAAGAAGAAAAUUUUCAUUUGCGUGCAAUUAUAUUUUGGAACUUUUUAACUUGGCCUUACUUGCCUUCAAAUAGCCUACGUACGUGUUACACCGAGAGCAGAUCGGUCUUGAUAGCCGUCCUAGUGUUUUUCUCUUUCGUCGGCAGCCAUGGAAACCCUGAAUUGUAGUAUCAUUAACCAAUGUCUAGGUGGUGAGUUUAAUGAAGAAUCUUUCAGCUGUCACAUUAAUGGGUAAUCAAAGAAUCAUUAAAAGUAUUUGACAUCUGCUAGAACCAAACUGAAAAGACUCAAGAGCGAUGCUGGAGGGUAGAAAUCUGCGGUAUUUUACCUUUUACACUGCGGUUUUUAAUAUUCUGCGAACUUUCGUCAACAAUUCCCAACUGCUCAGUGGAAUUACAUUUAAUACUUUUUGAUUGGCCAGCGCGGAGAGGUGGUGUUAGGGGAAGCCAUUUCAUUGCUGGCAAAUAAAAAUGCUCAAGGAUUUUGAAUGAAGGAAACUAGAAUGCAAUUAAUCGUCCCGAGAGCUCACAUCAUAAUUGAUGGUAUAAUGCUUUCUCUGAAAUAAGUGUGCAAAAGAGACAAAUGUCCUGCUUAAAAAAUAACUUAAUAGCAUUAAUUCAGACAAAAAAAAAAAAAAACGAGAAAAGAUAGGAUACUCGCUUUACUUGCGCAAUUUAGUAAACCGUUGAUAUUUUUUUUAACGACACGUCCCUAAAUCAAGCUCAAUCAAAUCUAAUAUUUUUUGUUUACUUGGUGGCCGUGGAGACAAAAAGGGACUGGGGAGAUUCGAAAUCAAAGGAACACCCAAAAUGAAGACCAGAAAACAGUGUUGGGUUCUCUGUCCUCUGAGGGAGCGCACAUAGCGCUUUGUUUCGAAGCCACGGACAAAGGGCACCACUCAAAACAAUUCAAACUAUAUUAAAACCGUCAAGACGCUACGAAUAUUCAAGAGGGGGAUCCUCCAGGCAAUCCAAAUCCUAUGCGCUGUGAGAAGUUUACAGCUGGCGAAACUUUAUAUGGUUGAGAAAGACAAGCUGUGGAAAUCCUUAAAAAAUCCAAGAAAAAACAGAUUGUUCGUAAAAUAAGAAGGGAAAAAGGAUUGUUUCAUGCUAAUUCUGUUCUAAUGCGUCACAUUGCAUGUCUGAAGUUUACGGCUGAAUCCCUUCGUUCGUCAUUGAAAACUUCAAGCUGUGGCUACACGAUUACGGAUCCAGAAAAUACAAGUUAUUACCAGUCAAACAAGUUUAAAAAAUGUGUAUAUGUGGACAGAUUACAUCUUUACGGUGAGAGGACGCAUUCGAAGUUAGACGGAUACAAAAUUAUCGUACUUGAAACUACAAACUGUGGCUAGACGCGGUGCGUGGGGAUUUUUAGCAAAACACCCGUAUGAAUACUGCAGAUUUUCUUAUAACACAAGGCACAUCAUUGAGAGUAGAGAUGCCAAGAAUUAAUGCAAGCUCAAAUUGCACUCUCCCUGAACCGAGGAACAACUGCGCAAGCGCUAUAACAGCCCAUAUCGCCAAUAUCAUACUAGGAGUCGCAUCGCAUUCCAUCUGGGCUCAAAACAAAUCAGCAGACAAAAUCUUAAUUUUUAAUCUGAUGAUGUCUUGUUUGGUCAUGUUGGUUGGUCUCUUUCUUCAUAUAAUCGCAAUCAUUAACAUGGAUUUAUUCCUUGCCUGUGACAGUACGAUUUAUUCUGUCUACAAAUUUAGAAAUUCAACGUAUAUCAGUGCGAUCCUCGCUACCCUAGCAACGCUAGUAGCCAUUGGUUAUGAUCGCUUUGAAGCUUUAACGAAGUUUCCAGGGCAACGAAAACUGACAGUGAGUUUGUCUUGGGCCCUUGCUAUUUUGACAUGGGGCGUGACGACAGCUGUGGCAGUGAUACUUUACAGGGGACCUUUGGAACCUAAGUGCGACAAAAAAUGCGUCAAACCCGAUCUAACCCUCGCUAUUUCAAGCAAUCAUGCAAAUGCACAUUUACUCGGAAGGGCCCUUAUGGUAUCUGCUUACAUCUUUAUUUGUUGCGUGUUGACUGUCACGAGUUUACUUAGAGCGACUUGGGCGAUACGUAGACAUCACCAGCAAAUAGAGGCGAUGUAUGGUGUGAUGCGGGCUCGAAAAGAGGUCGACUUCACCAAAGUAUGCGCUGCCAUCAUGGUAACUUACAUCCUUAUGUGGUCGCCCUCCGCACUGAGUCAAGUUGUGCGGUCCUCAAGACCGAGUCUGAGGACACUAUGUGCUAAUUAUUGGUUGACGUCAUUGGCUUUCAGCAGCGCGUUACUUGUGCCGGUUAUUUAUAUCACACUUGAUAAGCGCUUGUGGAAAGGUUUAACCAGACGCAAGCGACGUUUUAGAGAUGAGCAGCAAAGAGAACACUCUCGCAGCCUCAACCAGUCAAGUGUCACCAUGUUUAGUCAUGUUAUACAUAAUAGUACGACCACACCGUUUUAAGUAAUGCUCCGGGUAAGAGGCAACCCAACGGCAAAUGCACGCUGGCAUGUCAAAAAUGCCAAAAAGGCCAAUAAAACACAACAU